AUGAGCAAGCCCCGCCACCCAAGACUGUCCAGAUUCCGGGGAUCGAAGUCGUCGGAGCCAAGACCGUCCAUCGUCCAUGCCGUCGCUGCCGAAGUGGCCACUUUCUACGACGUCUUCGGGUUUCUUGGAGUGCCGAUGAUCAUCUUCGACAAUGGGCAGUUUUGGUCGCUCCCGCAGCCUGAACCUGAGCUCGUCAUCUCGGCGGCAGUUCUCCUCUCGCUCUUUGGAGUUGGCUACUUGGCGUUGGCUGCCACCAUGCUGUUCUUCUACCGCGCUGGCCGCCCCAGCGAGGACUCAGACGCGUCACAUAAUGACUCGCAUAAUGAUAUUGUCGACAAGCCAACUCAAGCUCCCUCAUCGCCUCCUGCCUCGACAAGGAAUGUAUUGCAUCGCUUCGUGUCGUGGGUGCACCGGUUACCUAUGGACGUCCGUCAGCAUUAUUAUACAGCGGCGUUGGAUCUGCCAAAACUCAUUUUCCAGAGUAUCACUCUUUACACCUACCUCCUGGAUGGAUUCCCGGUUGCGAUUAUCUAUUACUACUCGGUCUUGCUGCUGCUCGUGGCUUGCUGCCGAAGCCAACAUUACGUGAACGAUCCAGAUUUGAUCAUUGCUCGGCUUUACUACACAUUCGAUCUCUUCUUCGCGGUGUUCGCACCCCUUGUGGUUCUUGUGUACUUAUCACCUCGUUUCAGUUUGAUCGUGCGGAAUUCCUCACAAGAAUGGAGACUCGCCCCCAGCACCUUCGACAAUGUGGCCCGAAUAUUCGGCGAUCCGUCCCAGAUUUCAAGCUUCUGUAGUGCAUUCCAUUACCUGCAGUUGUCCUCAGGUGACACGCUAUUCUACAAGUCUGCACUGAACCUGCUGUCCCUUUACAAAUGGCGGAAUGUUAUUCUCACGCUGAUCCGCAAUUAUCACGAGCGGGAACUCGACCGGAAGCGUAAAGCCUUGGUCGGACCAGUACCAAUCGACUCGUCUCGCACAUCAAGCCUCAAAUCUAUCGUCUCGAAGACUCUAACCGCGUCCAGAUUGAAGCCUAAAGCAGGGAAGCACUUCGUGCCUAAACUCCUACUUUCUCUGGUGUUCUUCUUUUGGGGCAUUUUCAACCUGGUGUUCUCGGUCGGAUCGGUGCAUUCGACGCAAAGUUUGUGUCGUAAGUACGCCAAGUGUGUUGUUCCAAGCUACCAGUGGAAUAUCGGUCGCAAACACUGCACGUGUCUUGUAUUCGCCGACCGCGUGACCUCUUUAGAAACAUACGCCGAGUGGGUUGACCCAGUUGAUGCGACAAGCAAUCUGGCCGAGCUGGCGGCUGCUGGAGAGCUGCAUAUAGUGCAAAUUAUCAAUCGUGCUGUGCCUGCGCUGCCUGAAGAGCUAAGAGAAUGCCAUUCUCUUCAGCAGCUCAUUCUUGUCUACACCAAAACCGAAUCGUUGCCGGAUUGGAUGUCCGGAUUCUCCCAUCUCGAAUACAUUCACGUUGAAGGGGACUUCACCAGCAAGAGACUUGCAACUGUGGCGGACGGGAUCUUUGACAAUAUGCCGCACCUCACCUUCCUGCACUUGGGAGCAGUUCCGGAUGUGGAAAAGCUACCAUCACUGUCUUCCUUGAGAAACUUACGGUAUCUAACGCUGGCUGUUAUGGACUCGCUGGAGGAGAUACCAAACUUUGACGGGCUCUCCGCGGUUUGCUGCAAUGGAUUUCUAUCGGGGACAUGCAAUAUGACCGAGUCGCAAUGCUUACCGAUCUCCGGCGAGAAGUACCCUCUCACGUGCACAGAUGCCCGUAUUUCAGAUGAAGACAAACUAAUGGUUGAGUCGUUUGGUAGUAGAUCAAUCUGUCCCGCUUCGCCCCCUGUCGACCGAGAGAAGACCGCCCCGACCAAAACCUCGACGGAUGAGCUCUGCAACGGAGUAAAGUACAAGGAGUGCACGCUAAAUGGCGUUCAAGGAAUAUGCUACAACACGAGGAUGAUGGUCAUCCAGUGCGAGACGACUUCUGGGUAUAUUCGAAUGAGGAAGCUGCAGAUUCAACGAGGUGUUGGAGAUAAGUGCGAUCCGGAUGUGGAGGCGUGGUUUGGCUGUGCAAGUUCCUGA